UCUAUCAGAUUUGAGUGAAACAACAUUAUUAUACCCAUGAUACUUUGCUCUUACCGUUCUUUCCGAAGAGAGAAGCCGAAAUGGCGUUCAGACAUAUGGUCCAGAUAGGCCGUGUGGCCCGUAUUGCACAUGGAAAUAAUACAGGAAAGUUGUGUGUUAUAGUGGAUGUUAUAGAUCAAAACAGGGCAUUAGUUGAUGGCCCUUGUACAUCGGUGGAACGUCAAGCCAUGCCGUUUAAGCGUCUUCGCUUAACUAAGUUCCGAAUAAAAAUUCCACACAGUACUUCAACUAAAGUUGUACGCAAAGCAUGGGAUAAAGAAUCUAUCACUGAUAAAUGGAAGGAAAGUAAAGCAGCAACGAAGAUAGAAGCUAGAAAAUUGAGAGCCAAGAUGAACGACUUUGAUCGUUUUAAGUUGUAUAAAGCAAAGCAAGCAGUAAGUAAACAUUUUUUUUUCCUAAUAGUUGUAUGUGCAAUUGUUGUGUGUGUGUGUGUGGGGGGGGGUGAUCUUUUAAAGAAAAUAUCUUAAUGGUAACUGUUUAAA